UGAAUAUAGCCAGGGGAGAGCACGGUCCGAAAGGCGAGUUAUCCCCCUUGUCAAAAAUUAGUAGGUUCCAAUUUUUUAAUCUUCUGUGAUUUUGCUUGAAUUUAAAAAGUAUUUGUAUGCCUCGCUAUAUUGUAGCCGAACUUAGAAUCUAACAUGAUUAAAUUAUUUUCACUAAAACAAGCGAAAAAAGAUGGCGAAUCACCAAGGACAGGAACUCAGAAAAAGGCCUCAGCAGCGCAGUUAAGGAUCACGAAAGAUAUAAACGAACUCAACCUGCCAAAAACAUGCGGUACAGAAUUUCCAGAUCCAGAUGACCUGUUGACUUUUAAACUAAUAAUCUGCCCUGACGAAGGUUUCUACAAAGGCGGAAGAUUUGUGUUCAGUUUUAAGGUCGGUCCAAACUAUCCACACGAACCACCUAAAGUAAAAUGCGAAACGCAGGUUUAUCAUCCCAACAUUGACCUGGAAGGCAAUGUCUGCCUGAAUAUUCUUAGAGAAGAUUGGAAACCUGUAUUGACAAUAAACUCGAUUGUCUACGGGCUUCAGUAUCUCUUUCUGGAACCGAAUCCUGAAGAUCCUUUAAACAAAGAUGCGGCAGAGGUGUUACAAAAUAAUCGAAGAGUAUUCGAACAGAAUGUGGUGAAAGCAAUGCGAGGUGGAUACGUAGGGUCAUUUUAUUUUGAACGGUGUCUCAAGUGAUACACCGCCUCCUCACCAAUGCUGUAUACAAUCCUGCAAAGACUCAGACUUAGAGGACAAAUACCAAGAGAUUGGAGAAAUGGAGGAGAACACAGUGUUCUAACGGUUACCUGUGUGUCUGCUUUAUACAUAUUUACGUUCUUCACGUCUUGCCAGGCCUCCAAACAUUUAAUCCAUCAAGUAUUUUAUGCUUUUGGCUAAUAAACUUACUUAAAUCUUCACAAUGUAUAGUUCACUAAAUAGAAGAAACCAAAAAUUUCCUUGACAGGCAGUUUGCGUCGAUUAAAUAACAGCAACUGCACAAGCUUUAAAAAGUGGGUAGAUGCAAUAAGGUGGAAGCUGCUGAUCUUAGGUUUCGAAUUUCUCAAUAGCGAUCAGAAGGACACCUUGAAAGCAGUGCUGGCUAUUUUAGUAGCUGGAAUAUAAGUUUAUAAGUGGUGCGAAACAACCGGUCGAUGGUCGCGAUGUAACAAAGACUUUGAGUUUUCAAAGAGCAGGGACUGUAAAAGUUGAGUAGAAUAUUUACAUAGAAAAAAGGGCGAAUGUACGAUUUCAUUAAUUUUCAAAGUGGAUGUUCGAAAGGUGGACCUGUCCAUCUUCUACAUUGUCGAUGAAAUAAAAUGAUUAAAAACAUCGCACGCUAUUUUAACUAUCUUUCGAAAGUGUGAUUUGUACAUCGAGCUAAAGUAGCGCAAUUUUAUGAACCAUAAAAAUUUACCUGAAUACUUCCAAAGGAGGGACGAUAGAAGUAAUCAGCUCAGACCGGACAUAUCUUUAUUGCGUCAGUAUGUAGGUUGCGACCCAUACAAAUCUCAAUAAAAAGUCUUCUAUGAUUGCUAGAUAAUAGAACCCCCGAGUUUAUAUGGGAUGCAAAACAACUGGUCGAUGGUAGCGAUGUAACAAAGACUUGGAGUUUUCAAAGAGCAAGGAGUGAAAAAGUUGAGUAAAAUAUUUACUAGAAAAAAAGAGGAAUGUACUUUUUUAUCAAUUUUCAAAGUGAGAUGUUCCAAAGGUGGACCUGUUUGUUUAUUUCGGAACCCUUUGCUCUCAAAUGACAAAAUUGGUAGGGCAUGAUUUAUUUUGCGCUUGUGCAUAUAAACGCACUUUGUACGUUGACGUUGAAAAGUUGGGUGGAACUUGUUUCAUGAUAACACAACGUGUUGUUGGUGAUAGGAUUGAUUAAUUAUUAUGUCUUGUAAAAAGUAAUAAAAUCCUAUCCACGAACAAUGUAUAAUAAGACGACGACCAUUUUACGUUCUGUUCUGUACUGAAUCCGAUAAAUUGACACAAUUACAACACAUGAUUCUACAAUAUUAAUUCGUCAGAAAAAAUGCUGAACUUUUUUACUAGCCACUCAAUAUUAGGUCAUUGAUGGAGUUUCUAAGGAGGUAAUUGCAUGAGUGAUACAAUCGCGUAACGCUCUUCUUUUUCUAAAUAUCUGCAGAACUGACUAACUGUGAUGGGUAAAGCAUUGGUAGACUUAAGUAUCUAAUCGCUGCAUAUUUGAACAUAAUAUGUCGCUGAACGAGGAUUAAUUAGGGUGGAAUUUACGUUUUUCCACAUCUAUGUACUCCUUGUAACACUAUUCACACCUUUAAAAUCUUAUAACGAUGAAUUUAUAGCACAGCUUAAUUUUAUGCGGUAAGUUGGGCAUGUGCGCAAAAGCUGCCGAUUAUUUUCAAUAAUCUAGAACAAUCCGCAAAUCACAUGUAAGAGUGAAAAUAUCUUUGCCAAAGGCAGAAUUUGAACCAAGUAAUAGCAUUGCCUCUUUUUUUUUUAAAUACAGUGUACGUAAUCCUUUGCGUGUCAGCGAAAGCGCUUGUUUGAUUAUAUGGACAGGCAUUUUCGGUGAAUGGAUUGUUUGUAUUUUUUUUUUUUUUUUCUAUUUAAUAAAGUUUAGAGAGGACUAUUGACGUACCAUAAGUGCGCCUUGAUACGAAACGUAUUAUAACACACAACGUUAACAAUGUAACUAUUGUAUUAAUAAUAAAUCCGAUUAAAUUAUGUUUGGAAGUAA